AACCAGCGCACAACAAAAAGAAGCAGGAAGCGUUCUGAAACGACGGGAUAGAGUAGGCUCGCCACGCCACACGUCGCGCCGACUGGGCCGACGCGUGCUACACGGCUAGCGCGCCCACACCCACACGCGGAAGCAAGAAGGAUACGCGGCUUAUGGCUGCGCCCGCGGCGUCGGCGUCGGCGGCGUUCCGGCGGGUGUACGACACCCUCAAGGACGAGCUCCUCCGGGACCCCGCCUUCGACUUCAACGACGACGCCAUCCGAUGGCUCGACGGAAUGUUAGACUACAAUGUGCUUGGCGGAAAUCUAAACCGUGGCCUGGCUGUUAUUGAGAGCUAUAAAUUAUUGAAAGCUGGAUCUGAACCGAGUGAGGAGGAAGUGUUUCUUGCCUACAUCCUCGGUUGGGGUAUUGAAUGGCUUCAGGCCUACUUUCUAAUUCUUGAUGAUAUUAUGGAGAAUUCUCAUACUAGGCGGGGAAAGCCUUGUUGGUAUAGACUUCCAAAGGUUGGCCUCAUUGCUAUAAAUGAUGGACUUGUCCUCCGUAGCCAAAUUUCACAGAUCUUUAGGCGCUAUUUUUUCGGGAAAAUUUACUAUGUUGAUCUACUGGACUUAUUCAACGAGGUUGAGUUUAAGACAACUUCAGGAGAGUUGCUAGAUCAAAUUAUAACAAAUGAAGGGCGCAAAGAUCUGAACAAGUAUACUGUGCAUAUUUACCGGCGCAUUGUAGAAUACAAGACAGCAUACUAUUCCUUUUAUUUGCCGGUCGCAUGCGCACUGCUACUGUCUGGUCAGAGUUUGGACGAUUACGUUCAAGUGAAGAAAAUCCUGGUUGAAAUGGGUGUUUACUUCCAAAUUCAGGACGAUUACCUGGACUGUUUUGGUGAUCCAGAUGUUAUCGACAAGAUUGGAACUGACAUUGAAAACUUCAAGUGCUCUUGGCUGUUUGUUCAAGCACUUCAGCGUGCUGAUGAUAAGCAAAAGGAUGUCUUAUUUGAAAAUUAUGGGAAACCAGAUCCUGCAUGUGUAGCAAAAGUGAAGGCUCUGUAUAAAGAACUUGCUCUUGAGCGGGUCUUCUCUGAGUAUGAAAGGGAGAGUUACGAAAAGCUGAUAUCAGACAUUGAAGCACAACCCAGUGAAACGGUACAGGCGGUGUUGAAGUCCUUUCUGCACAGGAUCUACAAGAGGAAGUAAUAUUCUCAGCAUGCAAAAGAAUUAUGGCAGAGCCAUCUGGGUUUGCUGAGUUGCUGAACCUUAGGUCUGAUAAGUUAACUUGUGGCUCACCUUUGACGAACGUUUGUGGAUAAAUAAGAGCACGUUCCCUAGAGGAAAAAAAAACAGCAAAAAAGAGCACAAGAGUUCUCUUUGUUCUACGGAAUGUCUCAAGCAAGAAAUUUCACAUCGGCCAAUAUGGCCAGCAUAUCAAACACAGUCAGAUGAGCACAUAUAUCUUUUGGCCUGUGCUUGUAUUCAGUAUGGUUAAGAGCUUGUACGUAACGGCCAAAAAUUCAGUCCUUUUUUUCUAUUUUACAAGGGGAAGAAUAUGUAUAAGAUCAUUUAAGCUA